AUGACUAAUUUGAGGUCAAAAAUUGAAAAAGAAAGUGCUCCUUCUGACCUAACAAUAUUGGAGUGUCAACUACAAAUCUUGGAAUCGUAUUUCAAACAAGUGUGCCACAUUCAGACACUCAUCGAAAAGAUUUGCGCUACAGACAAUGGUCGUGGAGACUUAGAAGAGGUGUUCAUUUCAACUCAAUCUAAAUUAGCGGGGUUUCUGCAGAAAGCACGUCGAUCAAGCAUGCCGCACGUAAGCUACUUCCAAAUUCCAACCACUCAGCAGCUCACAAAACAUCGAUUUCCCAAACUAUGUUUGCCGAAAUUCGACGGCAAGUACACAGAAUAUUCACGUUAUAUGCACACCUUCGAAUUGGCUGUGCAUGACGACGCUUCGUUGACCACAAUUGAUAAAUUCAAUUACUUGAUGGACUGUUUGUCGGCACCUGCGCGAGCUGUGGUCAAGCCAAUUGAAUCUACGGAAAGUAAUUAUCAACGUGCACUUCAGCUAUUAAAGAAACGCUUCGAUAACAAAACGCUUAUAUUCAUUGCGCAUAUAAAAUCACUUGCCAAAUAUGAAUAA